GCCGGCAGUGCCGGGGGAAGCUCGGGGAACCAUUUUGGGGCGCGGGGCCGGAGCGCGGCCUCACAUGGGGGCGGUGGGUCCCUCCCGGGGCGGUGACAUCCGGGCGCCGCGCGGGGCCCCCCGGGCGUGGCGGGAGCUUUCGCCGCGGUCACCGCCCGGCCCGCGGCCCGAGCCCGCCUGUGCUCUGCGGACGCGCCAUGAGCUCCUCCGCGCCCCAUGACGGGCAGAUCUGCCUCCAGCGGGCCGUAUUCCUGGAAGGGCGUCUGGUCUGCGUGCUUGCCGGGGAGUAAAACCUGCAAGGGGAAAGAAAUGAGCCGUCAGACCGCUACAGCACUACCCACAGGUACCUCCAAGUGCACGCCGUCGCAGAGGGUGCCCGCGCUGACGGGCACCACAGCUUCCAACAAUGACUUGGCCAGUCUCUUUGAGUGUCCCGUGUGCUUUGACUAUGUGCUGCCACCGAUCCUGCAAUGUCAGAGUGGCCAUCUGGUCUGUAGCAACUGUCGCCCCAAACUCACGUGCUGCCCCACUUGCCGAGGCCCGCUGGGCUCCAUCCGUAACCUGGCCAUGGAGAAAGUUGCCAAUUCCGUACUAUUCCCAUGUAAAUACGCCUCUUCCGGCUGCGAGAUAACUUUGCCACACACAGAAAAAGCAGACCAUGAGGAGCUGUGUGAGUUUAGGCCUUACUCCUGUCCCUGUCCCGGUGCUUCGUGUAAAUGGCAAGGCUCUCUGGAUGCUGUAAUGCCGCACCUGAUGCAUCAGCAUAAGUCAAUUACAACGCUGCAGGGAGAAGAUAUAGUGUUCCUGGCCACGGACAUUAAUCUUCCUGGUGCUGUUGACUGGGUUAUGAUGCAGUCUUGUUUUGGCUUUCAUUUCAUGCUAGUGUUGGAGAAACAGGAAAAGUAUGAUGGUCACCAGCAGUUCUUUGCAAUUGUACAGCUGAUAGGAACACGCAAGCAAGCAGAAAACUUUGCUUAUCGACUCGAGCUAAACGGGCAUAGGCGGCGAUUGACUUGGGAAGCGACUCCUCGAUCCAUUCAUGAGGGAAUUGCAACAGCCAUUAUGAAUAGUGACUGUCUAGUCUUUGACACCAGCAUUGCACAGCUCUUUGCAGAAAAUGGCAAUUUAGGCAUCAACGUAACUAUAUCCAUGUGUUGAAAUGGCAAUCAAACCUCUUCAGGCCAGUGUUUAAAACCGUUGCAUUUAAUUUAGCAGAAAUAGGGUAACCAUCUUUGACUGUCAGACAAAUUAUUUGGUAGAUGGAGGGUAGACAUAAAUGAAGGUAAAUAAAAGGAAAGGCUGUUAAAUUACAAGAAGCAGUUGCAUGUAGUAACUAAUAUAUUUAAAAUAAGUCAACAGUAAACCACUGAAAAUAUAUAUACACCCAAAAUGGGCAUCUUUUGUAUUAAGAAUUGAUUCUACAGGAAAUGUUGUAAAAUAAUUCUAAAACUCGUUUGUAGAUUGAUUGUACUGUUGAAAAGGAUACUGUUUCGUGUUUUUGUUUGUGUUUUUUCCCUCCCCCUUUGACUGACAAGCCAUGUUGAGCGGUCUGGUCUCUGGCCGCUGCUUCCCCUCCUCCUCCCCACCCCCCCCUUUGUAAGUCACUACAUAGUAUUGCUGCUGUUUGUGUAUAUUUUUUGUGUAUUUGCUAAUUUUUAUUAACUUCUAGUUUUUCAUUAAAUAAAUAUGACUUUCUUUUCUGUAA